UGUCUGCCUCUGUGAAACCACACCCUUACCUGUGUGCUGGCUGCACCUAUUUUUCUUUGCGCACACUGAGUGACUGCAGUAGCAGGGAAUGGGGUUUCAGCAGUAGGAGACAAGGUGGAAAAUAGUCAGAAAGCAACCCCUUUAAUGCUUCCGCAUACAUUUCUCAUUGAGAACGACUGAAAGGAAAACAUGAAAGACACAGGAGCAGAAGAAGGAGGAGGAGGAGGCGACGGCAGAGACAAUAUUGUCCAAACUGAGAAGAGCCAGAGUUGGAUCCCCAAAAUCAUCAAGAAAAGAGUGUGCAGCACUUUUGUAGAAGAUUCCUUCAGUAAUGGUGCAUUGUGUCAGUGUGGGGCUGCAAGAGAUGACCAUGCCUCUGCGGCUCUUGGAGACUAUUUCAGCACAGCCAUCGUGAACCAGUGGAAAAGCAUGCAGCACUCCUCUGAACGACCGACAGAUGCCUUUGGAGAGGUGCAGUUUGCAGGAGCCAGCAAGAGGCACAGCUAUUUCCUGCGCCUGUCAUGGAGCACUGAGCCUUUGGUGGUGUACAACUUGUUGACAACCCAUUGGGGUCUUCCUCUACCCAACCUGGUUGUUUCUGUUGUGGGCGGAGAGGGAAGGACACAGGUGAAGACCUGGGUACGGGAGGUCCUCAGACAGGGACUGGUGAAAGCGUCACAAAGCACAGGUGCAUGGAUCUUAACUACAGGUCUGCGUGAAGGUGUUGGCAGGUGUGUUGGACAGGCAGUGAGAGAUCAUGCAACUGCAGCUUCUUCAUACUCGCUCAACAAGGUGGUAGCGUUGGGCAUUGCUCCCUGGGGCCUUGUGGAAAAACGAGAGCAGCUGGUCAACCCUCAGGGAAGCUUUCCAGCAAAGUACUAUGUCCAAAACAUUUCCCAGGACUCCUGCUACCUGGACAACAACUACCAGGCCUUCCUCCUCGUGGACGAUGGGAGUGUGGGCCGCAGAGGAGGAGAAACAGAUUUCAGAGCCAGACUGGAGGAAUACAUUUCCCACCAGCGCACAGGCAUAUGGGGAAGUGGCAGCAUUGACAUCCCUGUCCUUUGUAUGCUGAUAUCAGGGGAAACAGACAUGCUGAAGAGAAUGGAUCUCUCUCUGAAAAAAUCCAUCCCCUGGCUGGUUCUGGCUGGCUCAGGAGGAUUGGCUGAUUUCCUGAGUGAUAUCUUGGAGAACCGGUCUUCAGCUCCAGCUGUGCCGUCCUCUGGUGAAGGCAACAGUGAGGCUCCUAAAACUCCCAGUGUGGAUCUUAAAGACAGAGUGGCAGAACGUUUUAAGAAGCACUUUCCUUCAGAAACACAGACCGACAAACUAGUUGAACAGGCUUUGAGCAUUUACCAGAACAAAGAUUUGAUUACAGUCUACCACGGAGAGCACGAGAGUCCAAAUGACUUUGACACAGUCCUGCUUAAAACACUCGUGGGAGCAAGUAAGCAGCAAUCAUCAGCUGAGGCCAAUCCUUAUACUGAUGAGCUGAAACUAGCAGUAACGUGGAACAGGGUUGACAUUGCCAAGACUGAACUCUUCAAUGGAGACAUCCAGUGGAAGUAUGAAGAUUUGGAGGACUCAAUGACAGAUGCGCUGAUCAACGACAAGCCCCAGUUUGUUCGGCUUUUCACUGAGAAUGGUUUGAACAUCAUGGAGUACCUCACUUAUGGCAGGCUGGAAAGCCUCUAUCGCUCUGUGCCAGAUGGGACCGUGCUCUAUCAGCUGCUACAGCAGUGUCUAGCAGAGCGGCUGGCAAUAGUGGAACGCCCCUCGCCAUCAGAAAAACAGAAUUCAUCCUCAAAAAUGGUGAAAGAUAACAAUCAAAGUGGACCAGUGAAGGAGGUCACCCUUUUUGAGGUGUCAGGGGUCCUGGAGCUGUUAAUGGGUGAUGUCUGCCAGCCUUUCUACUAUAAAGCUUUGGGCUUAGAGUUCACUUCAUCCAAAAGGACAGCUCUGAGGCGUGCAAAUAAGGUUCUGCGUGGAGAUUCGUUCUAUCGGGAGCUGCGCUGCCCCCAUCCCUGGGCUUCACUCUUCCUCUGGGCUGUACUGCAGAACCGCAGGGAGAUGGCCCUUUUCUUCUGGGAGAUGGCAGGUGAGGCAGUCCUGAGUGCUCUCACUGGCUGUAAUAUACUCAGAGACCUGUCCAAACUGGAGGAGGAGACUGAAACCAAACUCUCCAUGAAAGAACUGGCCCAGACGUUUGAGAACCUGGCUCAUGAUAUUUUCAGCUCUUGUUAUCGGAGUGAUGAAAACCGUUCCUUCACCCUGCUGAUUAGGAAGUCUCCCAUCUGGGGUGACACCACCUGCCUUCAGAUGGGCAUGAGCGCCGAUGCUCGGCUUUUCUUCAGUAAUGAUGGCGUACAGUCUCUGCUGUCCCAGAUCUGGUGGGGUGAUAUGAAGAGGAACACAGAGGUCUGGAAGCUCUUGCUCGCUUUCUUCUGCCCCAUCCUCUGCUACACCAACCUCAUUUCCUUCAGGACACAAGACAAUCAGCUGGAGGAGGAGGAAAUGCCCAAUGAGGAUGCAGUGGCUCAGGACUCUGACAGCCUUUAUGGGACCACCGUCUUCUCUUUCUCUGACAUCAAACACCAUGAAGUUGACUCAGAAGUUCACAGGAGUACCAUUAAAGGUGUACCUUACCGACCACCACAGCGUCCAUUCAUAGUGUCACGCUGGCGUCAGUUCUGGUUUGCACCGGUCACCUCCUUUUUGGGCAACGUCCUGAUGUACUUCCUGUUUCUCUUGCUUUUCGCCUACGUGCUGUUGGUGGAUUUCGAGCCCCCACCACCCUCAGGUCCAGCUGCUAUUGAGUGUGUGUUGUACUUCUGGGUAUUCACCAUCGUUUGUGAGGAGAUCCGACAGACCAUUUUUUUGGGGACGAUGACUUGGCGUCAAAGGUUCAGACUCUACAUUCAGGAUGUUUGGAAUAAAUGUGACCUCACUGCCAUCAGCCUGUUCAUUGUAGGACUAAUCUGCAGGAUGUUCCACUGGUCAUAUGAAUUUGGACGGGAUGUCCUGUGUUUGGACUACAUGGUCUUCACCCUUCGCCUCAUUCACAUUUUUGCCAUUCACAAGCAGCUGGGGCCAAAAAUCAUCAUUGUAGGAAAGAUGAUGAAGGAUGUCUUCUUCUUCCUCUUCUUCCUGGGCGUGUGGCUCAUGGCGUACGGCGUUGCCAAUCAGGCUCUGAUCUAUUCGUACGAUCCAAACCUGAAUCGCAUUUUUCGGAGAGUUUUCUACAGGCCAUACUUGCACAUCUUUGGACAGAUCCCUGUGGAAGAGAUGGAUGUGGGAAAGGACUGGGAUAUCAACUGCACAGACAAUGUGACUUUGAUUGACAGCGGUGAAGAGCCGUGUAGAACUCAUGAGAGUAACUGGCUGGUAGUGAUUCUGCUAGUCGUAUAUCUCCUGGUCACCAACAUCCUGCUCAUCAACCUGCUAAUUGCCAUGUUUAGCUACACUUUCUCUAAAGUGCAGGAACACAGUGACACCUACUGGAAGUUCCAGCGUUACAACCUGAUUGUUGAGUACCACUCCCGUCCUUCUUUGGCUCCUCCUUUCAUUAUCCUCUCACACAUCAACCUCUUUAUCAAGAGGGUCAUCCGCAAAGUGCCCUCUGUAAAGAUCCACCACUUUGUGUUAGACUUGGAACCAAAGUCAGCUAACAGAUUAUCAACGUGGGAAACAAUUCAGAAGGAAGACUUCCUGACUGCUCGAAACAAGAUCCAGAAAAGCAGCGACUCAGAAAGGCUCAAACGGAUGUCUGCCAAGGUAGAUGGUGUGCUUAAACAUCUGAGUGAAAGCAGAGACUUUGAACACAGGCUACGGUCUCUGGAGAAUCAGAUGGAGUAUUGCUCCAGUGCACUCAGCUGGGUUGUGGAUACUUUGUCACAAGGAAGCACAUUUAAACCUCCUCGGCCUCCACCAUUACGAGAUGCAUUUGCCUCCUCUUCCGGCUCAACUUAAUUUAAGGAUACCUUAAAUCAAAGAGGACACCUUCACUUCGCUCAAGUUCAGGAAAAAAAACCAAAAAUGGAGAACACUCUCUUUUGAGAGCUUCUAUCCAGCCCACCACCUUGAUUCUCACUGGACUUGGUUUACCAAAGCAUAUAAACACUGCACUGAAAAGAGAAAACAUUUAUCCAGCCAAUGCCAGACACUUUAUGUAUGUGAGUGUGUGCGUGUGUGUGACUUGAUACAAUUAAUGCUGUAGUUUUAACAACAUGGAAUGUUUUACAUUUUGUUCUAAUAUGAUGUGAUAGCGUCUAUAAGCAGUGACAUUAGGAACACAUUAAUACUUUUUCAGUUAAAAAUAUUGGGCAUUCUUAAUGUAUGCAAAUGUACUUACAAAUGUAUUUGGAUGUCUGCAUUUUUAUUCUUUUCAAAUAACUUUCAUACAGUAUAAUGAUUCGUUUUGAUGAUAAGUACAAAAGAAUAACUGUAGUUCAACAAUCUUCAAGGAUUGAUUUAUUUGCUUUUUCAUUGCUCUUGAAUCCAAACUGGGAGCUGGUUAAACAGAAGAGGGACCUGAAAGAUGGAGUUUCUGCCCCCCGUUUCCACUUUUAAAUACCUUCGGAGCCACGAGUAAACUAGCAGUCUGAAUGUAAAACACUCUAUUAAAGUGGUAUGUAUGGUACUAUGAGGUCUUUCAAAUAAAAUGGGGCCUGAUUUUUGCAGUGUUGUAAGAUCUCCAAUUUAUUUGAAUUUUGAAAGAGAGUAAAUUAGAGAUGAUCCAGACCUUCAUGGAGAUUACCACUGGUGUGGGUCUUCUGGCUUCAUGGACAGAUAAAUGUAAAUAGACUUGGUCCUGGGAAAGAACCCUGUGGAACUCCAUAAUUAAACUUACUGUGAAGAAGACUCCAUAGAUUUGAUCCAUUUGUUCAUGUCAAUUUUGUAAUCCUUGUUAGGGUUCCUGCUGUACCAUUUUGGAUUAACUAAAGGCUUUUCAGGAAAUUUUAGAGCAGCACUAUAAUAAUGAAUGAAUUACAGUAUUCCAGCCAGAAGAAAUUAAUGCAUGAAAUAGGGUUGUAAUAAUUCAUUGUGUAAAGCGAAUAACAGUUCUAAAAAAAUUCUCCAAGCAUUUUUUUUUUUGCGUUAAUGUUUUGAUUUGAUCCAUAACUCUGUUGUCACCAUUUAAAUAGUU